CGGACAUCGUGAAGGAACCAUCUUGAACUACAUUCCCGCUCCUUCGUCCAUUAUCCAGUACUACUUUCGACGGCCCUAGCUCAAGCAGACCUGAACAAGGAUAUAGAGCUGAAGAUUUUGUUAUUCUAUGCAGAAUGCACACCUGGGCACACGUCAUUCCAUUGUAAACGGCCAAUGACAUCGACAGCGUGAACGGGGAAUAACAGGCUGGAGCAUAAUCAGUUGUGAAUUCAAUAAAAGCUACUCGACUGACCUCAAAAUCCCCAAAAGAUGAAGAAUAAAAGGUAUCAUAGCGUUGGAAGAAGCGGUAAUCAAAUAUGACCAAACCGCCCUUCAAGUUUCCUUCCACAUUCAUCCAUCCAAAGGCAUCUCAAAAUGCGGCAAAAGAGAUCCAAGACGUAUAGAAAGCUCAUGGCGUUAUAUUCCAUGACUUUUGGUUUUCGUCAACCGUAUCAGGUUCUCAUCGACUCUGAAAUGUGCAAGUUGGCUACGGAUACAAACAUCGAAUUAGUGAAACAGAUAGGUGCCAUUUUACAUGGGGAAAUAAAGCCCAUGAUAACUCAGUGCUGCAUACAUGAACUCUACCUUCAGGGAAAGUCUCGCCAAAAUGCUGUCGAUCUUGCAAAAACCUUUGAGAGACGAAAAUGUAACCACAAGGAACCAAUACCGGGCGAUGAAUGUCUUAAAAGCGUCGUUGGAGAUGCCAACAAGCAUCGAUAUGUUAUAGCAUGCCAGUCGCAGCCGCUCCGCUCGAAAUUGCGAAACAUUCCUGCUGUGCCCCUUGUUCAUAUCAACCGUUCUGUAAUGGUCCUUGAACCCGCUAGUGAUAUGACACUCGCAUCCAAACGAAAGAGUGAAGAACAAUCUCUACACCCAACGGCUCCUGACAUCGCAUUGGUCGGCCCAUCAUCUUUGGAUCCACCUCCGAAGAAGCGGAAGGGACCGAAAGGCCCUAACCCUCUGAGCGUGAAGAAGAAAAAGGUCGAUAAUCCGACCAAGGGCAAGAACAGCAGUGGAAGAACGCAUGACGAUCCUAGAACCUUGACAGAGAGGAAGAGGAAGAGGAAUAAUGACGAAGAUGACGCUGAGGAUGUAGAACCGCGGAGUGUUAUUCAUCCGACCAGGAAGAGGAAGCGGAGAAGAAAGGUAGAAGGUUUGCAUGUAGACAAGGACUGUACAUAACAAUCGUGACCUCACUCUGAAUUCUUAGGACAGACUAUUGUACUACUUUUCCACCCAGCCACUUUAACAUUCUCCAUUUUUCUGGCUAUUUCCUAAUCAUGACAAAGGCUGUGAUCAG